UCGCCUUAGACACGCGCGCACACACACACACACACACACGCGCGCGCGCGGUGUUAAAGCUCCCCCGGUGCCGUGAUAAUGUUGCCGUUAGGACGCGGAAGUCCGGAGACGUGACGCGCUUCAGUCGUGAAGUUUAAUCAGGAAAGAGAGGAGUGCUGAAUCUCUACACACACACACACACACACACACACAGACAGAUGGAUGGAGUUAUUCCGCGGGUUUAGAUUAUUAUUAUGAUUAUUAUGAUUAUGAUGAUGAUGAUGAUGAUGAUGGUUCCUGGAUGUCGGGUCGGUCUGACUGAGUCUCAGUGAUCUCCAGCUCGGCACCAUGCGCGCUCCUGUGCUCCGGAUCCUGGAGACACUGACUGUACUGACUGUACUGAGCAGGUCGACACACUCCACAAACACCACCGUUCCCCCUCCCUCGAAUGUGAUUGUGACGUGUAAUAGUUAUGGAGUCGAGGUGGAGUGGACGGCUACUAAUCUCAGUGAAAAAGCUGAAUUCCUGUUAGAGGUCAAGCAAGAUUUUGGGAUACCCAUACCGACAAAGAUCACAAAGUAUCAUCGAUUCAACAUAUCUGACCUGCUGCAGGACACUGGGUACAACCGCUACCUUGUGAAAGUCAAAGCCAUAGAUGGCGGACGGGAGUCUGUUUUUGCGGAAUCACAAAUUUUCUCUUUCAGUUAUAAGACAACAGCAACAAUCUUCUGUGACCUCGAGUUCCCCACAGUCACGCUGUUUCCUCGUGAUGGGAAUUUGUUUGUUAAAUUCGUCAAUCCUUUGCACCUGUACAGAGACACACCUGCUCUACGCAAUCUCUUGGACACAGACAAACUCAAGUACACUCUCAUCAGCGGAAAGAUAAGUAAAAACGCUACUUGCUCUGUUGAGGAGCGCGAGUGUGAGAGCAGUGUGUCGUUCCCUGAAGAGCAAGAGGAAUAUUGCAUCACCCUCUCGGGAUGGAUCAGACAAACUCGUGUACAGGGAACAGAACUCUAUUGCUACUCAGAAACCCUUAAUCCUGGUCCACCUGUCAUCAGUAUCGUGAUCCCUGUGCUGGUGGUUUUCUUGCUGUUUUUGCUUUUAUCAUUGGCCACUGUGUUCCUGGUGAUCUUUUUAAGUAAGAAAAUCAAGAAGGAAAACCUUUCCAUGUUCCCACAAUUUCUGGAGGACAUAUCCACACACACUCCUCUGAUCACGCCUAACUCAGAACCUGUGGCUAAAAACCCCAGAGUCGAACCGACUGGCGAAAUUCCUUCCAACAAGCCUUGCGAUUUACAGGAAAGCACCACCCAGCUGGAAACCUCCGCCAACAGCGGUGACUUAUCAGAUCGCUCUGAGAAUGAGGACAUGUAUGAAGGCUCAGGAAGCACCGGAGUGACAUCAGUAAGCCCUUACAAUCAGUACGGGUACAGAGACAAUCUGUCAAGCAGCGAGUGUUUGGUUUAUGACCGGGGGCACGUGCUCCUAGAAAUGAGUCCAGGAGAUUUGGUAAAGAAUUACGGCUAGUAAUUGGAAAGUGGAAAUAGUUUGGCUGAAUUAGCUAGCUAGCUAACAUAACUUUUAAGGUACUGAAUCAAAAAAAAAAAAGGUAAAUAAGUUAGCUUUCAAACCUUGCAAUAUACUGAAACCUGAAAAGGAUUUGGCUAAGUUAGCUAGCUUACAUAUCUUGCAAGGUACAGAAUGCUAUUUUUUUUUUUUAAUUAGCUAGCUUUUAAACCUUGCAAGUUACUGAAGUCUGAAAGGGAUUCGGCUAAAUUAGCUAGCUAAUGUAAAAAUCUCGCAAGGUACUGAAACCUGGGAAGGAUUUGGCUGAGUUAGCUAGCUAGCUAGCUAGCAUAUCUCGCAUGGUACAGAAUCCUAUUUCUUUCUUUCUUACUUUUUUUUAAAUAGCCAGCUUUUAAACCUUGCAAUGUACUGAAACCUGAAAGGGAUUUGACUAAAUUAGCUAGCUAGCUACUUAGCUAGCUAACAUAACUUUCAAGGUACUGAAUCCUAAUUUUUUUUUAAUUAGCUAGCUAACGAAAAAACCUUGCAGUGUAUUGAAACCUGAAACUGAUUCGGCUAAAUUAGCUACCUAGCUAACAAACCUUGCAAAUUACUAAAAUAUAAUAAGAAUUUGGAUGAAUUAGCUUCUAUCUUAGUCCUUUUAUGUAACUUUUAUAGGUGUUUACUCUUUAGACACAGAAUAUUUUCAUGUUUUUGGGUAAAAUACUGAUGGGUAGAAGAAAAGAAUUUGUAAAAUCACCACUCAAGUAGUCUUAAACAGCAUGAUCAUGUACACUUCGUUACACUUAUCAGUUUUCAUUAACUUAAUACUGGAGUGUUGCUUUUACUUUGUGAUAAUUUUUUUUGUUGCUACUAAGCUAACAGUCAAAUACGCUAGCUGCUCCUUGACCUCAAGCGCUGAUCUCUCUAUAAAAAACACGAAGCAGCACUGAAGGCGCACUCGAACUUUAAUGUGUUGUGUUUUUAUGAUAUGAACAGGUGAGACUUUAUGAUGGAGAUAAAACAGGGACAAAGUUCAAAGACACGGACUUGUCCAUGUGUCACAGUGCAGCGUUCGAGCGCGGUGAAAUUUGGCACUAAGCUAGCGUUUGCUUUCCUACUGUAUGGAAAGCAAGACACGGGCAAAUCCUGUACACUUCAUGUACUGUACGUGUCCACAAAAAUGAAGAAAAUACUUUUUUUAUAAUUAUAAUUUCCUAUUUCUGUUCUAUUCCAUUAUGUGCUUUUACAUUUUUAAGCUUAAGCUGACUCAGGCGCGCGUUUACUGAUACUGAAAUGGAAAAUCAUCUUGUCACAACCUCAAUAACUGUACCCUACAACGUUGUUUUACAAGUUAGACAGUCUUCCAAGAUAAAGAUCAUUUUCAAAAUCAGUGAAAUGUUUACAGUUUGAUGGGAUGUUCAUGCUCCAUUAGGAAACCGUGACUAAUGAAAGUGAAUGAAUAACCAAUGCUCCAUUAUUUUAAGUCAUCACCUUUUAUUGUUGCCCUAUGCAUGAGGUGUUACACCGCUCAAAGUAACACGUUCCAUAAAGAUGUGUAUUGCACACACUAUUACCCACACCAGCAUCAGUGCUUCGUUCUAAUUAUUUUAACAACUAUCACCUGGUUAAUGAAUAAUUUAGUAGCUUCUUGUGGAGGAUAAAGAACUCACUUGGUAGAUCGGUUCUAAACAUAACCUUUAACGUUCGUUUAUAAAAAAAUAAUAAAAAUAACGACCAGUGAAAAAAUGGAAAAGGAACUUCUUUUUAAAUCGUGUAUAUUAUUUAAAAAUUAAAAUUAUUCUUUCUACGAAUGUACAUAAGUUUGUAUACCUCAUACUUCAUGUUCAUCUUGUGAUGC